AUGGUGACUUUGGCCACCUCUCCGGCGGAUACGGCCACGAGGACUUUGGCGGUGGUUCUUCCGGCGGAUUCGAAGGCGGACACGGCUUUGAUCGGAGUCCCAAUUCCUCAUCCAGUUCCUAAAGCUAUCCCACAAUACGUCAAGGUCGGAAUCCCACAACCGUAUGCAGUUCAUGUAGCUGUUAAGCAACCUAUUGAAGUACCAACUUACAAAGUCGUAACAAAAGUUAUUGAAAAGAAAGUACCUUAUACUGUAGAAAAACAUGUUCCAUAUAUCGUCGAAAAACCUUACCCCGUCCACGUUGAGAAGAAAUAUCCAGUCAAGGUCCCACAUCCUUAUCCAGUAUAUGUCACCAUCUACAAGCACGUCUUGCACCACACAAAGAAAGAGAAGAAGCACUAG